GGUGUGACAGCGGCGAGUCCCGGCUUCUCAGCGGCUCCGGGAGAGGACAGGUCGGGCUGGGCAGCGUGUCCCUCCACACGCUCGCUUUCCCGGUCGCCGCUCGCAGCGCUACCAACCUUCCAGGUUCUGCCAGCUGUCCACCCCAUCACCUUCUGGCCGACACCCGGCCUGUCCACUUGUAGUCUCUGGGAGGUUUUAGUGGUUUCAAACCAAACCAAACCAACAAAAACAACAAAAAAGCCCAAACCAAAAACCUGCUUGAGAGGAGGGGGCGUGGCGGGAAAGGAUGCGAAACCCGGUUUUCCUGCUCGGCUUUUGGAGCGUCUAUUGUUACUUCCCGGCGGGAAGUAUCACAACCUUGCGUCCCCAGGGGUCGCUGCGAGAUGAGCAUCAUAAACCCACUGGAGUACCAGCUCCCGCCAGACCCUCUGUGGCUUUUCACAUCCGCACUUCUAAGGACCCAGAGCAGGAAGGGUGUAAUCUUUCCCUUGGUGACAGCAAACUCUUAGAAAACUGUGGCUUCAACAUGACAGCCAAAACCUUCUUCAUCAUUCAUGGAUGGACGAUGAGUGGUAUGUUUGAGAGCUGGCUGCAUAAACUUGUAUCAGCCCUGCAGAUGAGAGAGAAAGAUGCUAACGUAGUGGUGGUUGACUGGCUGCCCCUGGCUCAUCAGCUGUACACGGAUGCAGUCAAUAACACCAGGGUGGUGGGACAGAGAGUAGCUGGGAUGCUUGACUGGCUGCAGGAGAAGGAAGAGUUCUCUCUUGGGAACGUUCACUUGAUUGGCUACAGCCUUGGAGCACACGUGGCUGGAUAUGCUGGCAACUUUGUGAAAGGGACAGUGGGCAGGAUCACUGGUCUGGAUCCCGCCGGUCCCAUGUUUGAAGGGGUGGACAUCAACAGAAGGCUGUCCCCGGACGAUGCAGACUUUGUGGACGUCCUGCAUACCUACACGCUUUCCUUUGGCUUGAGCAUUGGGAUUCGGAUGCCUGUGGGUCACAUUGACAUCUAUCCCAAUGGCGGUGACUUCCAGCCAGGCUGUGGAUUCAAUGAUGUCAUCGGAUCUUUUGCAUAUGGAACAAUCUCAGAGAUGGUGAAAUGCGAGCACGAGCGAGCCGUACACCUCUUUGUCGACUCUCUGGUGAAUCAGGACAAGCCCAGCUUUGCCUUCCAGUGCACGGACUCCAGCCGCUUCAAAAGGGGGAUCUGCCUCAGCUGCCGGAAGAACCGUUGUAAUAACAUUGGCUACAAUGCCAAGAAAAUGAGAAAGAAGAGGAAUAGCAAAAUGUAUUUAAAAACCCGGGCUGGCAUGCCUUUCAGAGUUUACCAUUACCAGCUGAAAGUUCACAUGUUCUCUUACAAUAACAGUGGGGACACCCAGCCCACCCUCUACAUUACCCUGUAUGGUAGCAACGCAGACUCCCAGAACCUGCCCUUGGAAAUAGUGGAGAAGAUUGAGCUGAAUGCCACAAACACCUUCCUGGUCUACACUGAGGAGGACUUGGGCGAUCUCUUGAAGAUGCGACUUACCUGGGAGGGGGUAGCCCAUUCCUGGUACAACCUGUGGAAUGAGUUUCGCAACUACCUGUCUCAACCCAGCAACCCCUCGAGGGAGCUGUACAUCCGGCGAAUUCGUGUCAAAUCUGGGGAAACCCAGCGCAAAGUGACAUUUUGCACUCAAGACCCAACGAAGAGUAGCAUCUCCCCUGGCCAGGAGCUGUGGUUUCACAAGUGUCAGGAGGGCUGGAAAAUGAAAAACAAAACCAGUCCCUUUGUGAACUUGGCCUGAGAACCCAAGAAGUCCUGGCGUCCACACCCCACUGUUCACACACAUGGAGGAAAAGUUACUGCUGAAGACCCACUUGAUGGACAAUCUCAGCCUUGAGCCCCACGAGGAGCUUGCUUGCUGGGCUCAUCCUGUCUCCCCUGACAACUGUGACUUCUCCUGGAGAGGCCUGUGCACUGCUAAAGUUCUUGCUGAUGAUUCUAACUGUAAACCUUUGUUGCCGCCUCAGGAAGCUGAGGCCAGCUUGUGUGUGAGCACUGGAGUGUCCAGAGCCCUGCACACUCCGGGGGGUGGGGGGAGUACUCUUCCUGUCGCUAGGUGAGUGCUGGCUUUGUCCAACAUCAGGGAACACAAGGCUCUGAAGUGGCUCUGUGUGGAAGGUUGGCAGCUGCCUGGCCUCACUGAACCUUAGUGACAAGUCUUUGCCUCAGGAGCUGACUCAUGCCAUAGAGAGGGGACUGUAGACCAGGCUGGGGCUGCUGCCCUCCCACACGAGGUACUGAUGGAUCCUGGUUCUAUUCUGGGUAUUUCAUCCUGCCUUCCAGAGCACCUUCUGAAGUUCACAUCGUUGGCAUUUCCUUUUUAUGUUAUUCAUACUUUGGCUGAACAAACAUUUAUUGGGCACUUCAGCUCAUUAGCACCAGGCAUGUGUAGACACAUGACUCAACUUCAGCAUUUGGAGCCAGCGAGACCAGGAUCCCUGGAAUCUCUCAAGUUCACUGGCCCCCGAGAGAAUGCCUGUGUUAGUUAAAGACAGAUGGGAUCAAGGCAAGGGCUACAGGCUGAGAGAGCUUGGGCUCGGAGGCUUUUAUGAACCAUUUCCUCUGAGGGCCACCUUUGAUCUCUAGCAGAACAGCAAACAGAACACCGUGCAUGCUGGCCACAGCCGUGGAGCCAAGUCUCUGCUGGUUAGGGAGCUAUACGGUACUGCAGGAGUUCUACAUACCUGCUGUGCAGAGACCAGCCCCGUGGACAGAGCUGGCAUAAUGGUUGCUACAGUGCUCUUUUUCCCAUGAAGUCUUUUGCUUUUAUAUCAGUGCCUUAUCUGUUAAGCUCCAGGAGGAAAGCCCCCUAUUCUAGAUCUUCAUGUGAAUGGAUAAAUGUGACACCCGAGACACCCUUUAGUAGUUUUCGGACAGCUUGCGUGUGUGCCGCCUAAUUAGAGCGCAGGGAGCAGGGCAGCUGUUAUUCCUGUUUUACCAAGUCAAGGCUUAGGGAAGUUCAGCCACCUGCUUAGAUGAUAUAUCAAGGUGGUGGUGGGAGGGGGCGAGCUAAGGACCCAGCAAGGUUUCCUGGAGGCAAAGUUUAUGAAAUCCUUUCUGUAACUCCAUAAAGAUGUCUGCAGCUAUUUCCUACCCAGAUGUUCCUGAUGUGAUAAUCAGGGGACUUUUUUGUUGUUGUUUUUUGAUUCAGAUGCUAUCCAUAAAAUCCAAACCCUUUCUUUAAGAUACAAGCAGAAGAACUCAUGGGAGAACGGUUGUGUUUUUGUGGGUGUGCUGUCAGCCUGGGGGGUGGGGUGGGGGAUGGGAGAGCGAUUACUGUGUUUUGGUUUGUCAUGCACAUUCUUUGCAUCUGUACUGUACCAACUUUAUAUCACUGUUUCAUGCCAAAGUUUUGACGACAUAACCAGUUGACCCUUCACACAGAGUGCCCCCCCCCGCCUCCCCCUCCCUCCAGUGCUUCUGUGAUUGCUCUGUUGCCAUGUGAUAGCCACGGCCGUACAUCCUGUGACUUCCACCUUGGGUUUAGUAAUGGGAGCUUGAGAUUGGAGACCUGAGUCCUCCGUGGGUUCUGUAUUUAUCCAUUUGGCUUGAAGCUUUGUUUGUAUAUCAGCUGCUUUUUUUUUUUUUAAAAGAAAAUGCUCAGAUCAUUAUUUAUUUCUUGAGUGUAUAUAAUGUAUAAAGACAAAUCUAUGGUUAGUUUUUACUUUAACCGAUUUCAAGAUUUA